GCGGCCUAGUCAGCCGGGCGGAGCCUCACUCCCGAUGAGUCGGCGUUGAGGCUAGAGAGACUGAGGGAAGCCCAGCGAGCGGAGCCGCAGAGAGAGAGCAGAAAGCCCGCGGCGCCUAGGCCAGCCAGCCACCGAUCCUCCCGCGCCCUCUGCCGCCAUGGCUUCGGGAGCCGAUUCCAAAGCUGAUGACUUGUCAACUGCAAUUCUUAAGCAAAAGAACAGGCCUAAUCGGUUAAUUGUCGAUGAAGCGAUUAACGAGGACAACAGUGUUGUGUCAUUGUCCCAGGCCAAAAUGGAUGAACUGCAGUUGUUCAGGGGAGACACAGUCUUGCUGAAAGGGAAGAAGAGAAGAGAGGCAGUGUGUAUUGUCUUGUCUGAUGACACCUGCUCUGAUGAGAAAAUCCGCAUGAACAGAGUGGUUCGCAACAACCUGAGAGUGCGCCUUGGAGACGUGAUCAGCAUCCAGCCCUGUCCGGAUGUGAAGUAUGGCAAACGGAUCCACGUGCUGCCGAUUGAUGAUACUGUGGAAGGGAUCACAGGGAACCUGUUUGAGGUCUACCUUAAACCCUACUUCCUGGAAGCAUACCGACCAAUCAGAAAAGGGGACAUCUUCCUGGUGCGUGGAGGGAUGCGUGCAGUGGAGUUCAAAGUGGUGGAGACCGACCCAAGCCCAUACUGCAUUGUAGCUCCAGACACUGUGAUUCACUGUGAGGGAGAACCCAUCAAGCGAGAGGAUGAAGAAGAGUCUCUGAAUGAAGUGGGCUACGAUGACAUUGGAGGUUGCCGGAAGCAGCUGGCUCAGAUCAAGGAAAUGGUGGAGCUCCCUCUCAGGCACCCUGCUCUGUUCAAGGCUAUUGGUGUAAAGCCUCCCCGAGGAAUCCUGCUUUAUGGUCCACCAGGUACUGGGAAAACCCUGAUCGCUCGAGCCGUGGCUAAUGAGACGGGAGCUUUCUUCUUCCUGAUCAAUGGUCCUGAGAUUAUGAGCAAGCUUGCAGGCGAGUCAGAGAGCAACCUGCGGAAGGCCUUUGAGGAAGCGGAGAAGAAUGCACCAGCCAUCAUCUUCAUUGAUGAGCUGGAUGCCAUUGCUCCAAAGAGAGAGAAGACACAUGGUGAAGUUGAGCGACGCAUUGUGUCUCAGUUGCUGACACUCAUGGAUGGCCUGAAACAGCGAGCGCAUGUGAUUGUAAUGGCUGCUACCAACAGACCUAACAGCAUUGAUCCAGCACUCCGGCGAUUUGGUCGCUUUGACAGGGAGGUAGAUAUUGGCAUUCCAGACGCUACUGGACGCCUGGAGAUCUUACAGAUCCAUACCAAGAACAUGAAGCUGGCUGACGAUGUUGAUCUGGAGCAGGUGGCAAAUGAGACCCAUGGCCAUGUUGGUGCAGACUUGGCUGCCCUGUGCUCAGAGGCAGCUCUGCAGGCCAUCCGAAAGAAGAUGGAUCUUAUUGACCUUGAGGAUGAGACUAUCGAUGCCGAAGUGAUGAAUUCUCUGGCCGUGACCAUGGAUGACUUCAGGUGGGCCCUGAGCCAGAGCAAUCCUUCUGCCCUGCGUGAGACCGUGGUAGAAGUGCCACAGGUGACCUGGCAAGACAUCGGAGGCUUGGAGGAUGUGAAGAGAGAACUACAGGAGCUUGUACAGUAUCCAGUAGAGCAUCCUGACAAAUUCCUUAAAUUUGGCAUGACACCCUCCAAAGGGGUUUUGUUCUAUGGGCCUCCUGGCUGUGGGAAGACCCUGCUGGCCAAAGCCAUUGCCAAUGAAUGCCAGGCCAACUUCAUCUCCAUCAAGGGCCCAGAGCUACUCACCAUGUGGUUUGGGGAGUCAGAGGCUAACGUGCGUGAGAUCUUCGACAAGGCCCGCCAAGCUGCUCCCUGCGUGCUGUUCUUUGAUGAACUGGACUCCAUUGCAAAGGCCCGUGGAGGGAACAUUGGAGAUGGUGGUGGUGCAGCCGACAGAGUCAUUAACCAGAUACUGACAGAGAUGGACGGCAUGUCAACCAAAAAGAAUGUCUUCAUCAUUGGUGCCACCAACCGGCCUGACAUCAUUGAUCCCGCUAUCUUGCGCCCUGGACGUCUGGACCAGCUGAUCUAUAUCCCACUGCCUGAUGAGAAGUCGCGUGUGGCAAUCCUCAAGGCAAACCUGCGGAAAUCCCCUGUGGCCAAGGAUGUCGAUCUGGACUUUCUGGCAAAAAUGACCAAUGGCUUUUCAGGAGCUGAUCUAACUGAGAUUUGCCAGCGGGCCUGCAAGCUGGCCAUCCGUGAAUCUAUUGAAAGCGAGAUCAGGCGGGAGCGAGAGAGGCAGACCAACCCUUCUGCCAUGGAAGUGGAGGAGGAUGACCCAGUCCCAGAGAUCCGGCGCGAUCACUUUGAGGAGGCCAUGCGCUUUGCCCGCCGCUCAGUCAGCGACAACGAUAUCCGCAAAUAUGAGAUGUUUGCACAGACCCUACAGCAGAGCCGAGGCUUUGGAAGCUUCAGAUUCCCAUCAGGUAACCAGGGUGGUGCUGGACCAAGCCAGGGCACAGGCGGCAGCGGCGGGGGGAAUGUUUACAAUGAAGACAACGAUGAUGAUCUCUAUGGUUAAAGUGCUGCUGGAGUGGACCAGACUCCCAAACAGGCCACGUUGUACAGGGCAAUUCCAGUGGUCAGUGGACUCCUGGCUUCUUCAUUCCUUGGUCAGACCCUUGUAGCUGCGUGUCAGGUUCUGUCAGCUGGAGCCUGCUGUACAUGCAAGGCGGCUGCUUGGCUGGUUUGGUGGGGAGGCAGGCGGGCAGUUUAACAAGGAGGGGAACUGGUUAUCUUUCUGGGGAAAUUUCUGUUCUAGUUUUAUGGCAGAAUCAGCAGCUUUAGCAACGGGUACAACAAUAGCCUGUAAAAAGAAAACAAAAAAAAUUUAAAACCUACAAAAAGUAAUAAAAAAAAUUCCCAUAACUUCAA